AUUGGUCCUUGACCCUAACCCCGUCAUUUUUGAGCCGUUAGUGAAGGGGCAAAUUUGUCUUUUCAUCUUGCAGUCACUCUAAUAAUUGAUCAUUAUGCACAUAUACGCAUGAACUCUGUAAUUAAGUACAAAGAUCAUCUUCCUCCUUCCUCAGCUACCCAUUACCCUUUCGCAUUCAUCUUCGUCUUCUCCAACAGAACACAAGGCAGAGGAUCAUCUGUCGAUUGAAAACGAUAAUGGUGUUAACGUUAUGGUCACUUCGUUCCAAACACACUAAAGCAUCAAAUUAUGAUUUGGAAAGGAUAUACCAGGGAACAAGCAACUAUUUCACUCUGAAAAUCCAUCAUGGUGGGAUAUUCACGAAAAGCCCUGGGAGAAGGUACGUAGAUGGAACAAUAGACUAUGUUGACUUCGUAGAUAUUGACGUAUUCUCUGUGCAUGAGUUGGAUACAAUGGUUCGAGAAAUAGGGUACGUAGAAGGGCAAACUUUGUAUUAUCAUUUUCUUAUUCCAGAAGUAGAGUUGGACUUUGGUCUGUUACCUCUAGGAAAUGAUGGGGAUGUGCAUGUAUUGUCAAAUUAUGUGGAAAAAAAUAACCUUUUAAGUAUCUACAUAGAGCAUGGGCAUACAAGGGUUAACAGUUAUUUUUUGUCCCCCACCAAGGUUAUUAUUGAGGAGUUGGUUACUGAUGUAUCCCCUGAACUAGAUAGGAACCAAAAGAAGGGAAAAGUUGUUGGGUCUUCUAGGAAAAAAUUAGACUACUCCCAGUCCAUUGUGCCAUAUGGAACAUUUGAUGGACCUUCACAAGUGAUACAGGAUAGUGAGCCAGUUAUGGAUGAUGAGCCAGUUAUGACUGAUGAGCCAGUUUUGAAUGAUGAACCAGUUAUGAAUGAUGAACCAGAUUUGAAUGAUGAACCAGUUAUGAAUGAUGUACCUGUUAUGAAUGAUGUGCCAAUCAUAGAUGACCAAUAUGAUGAGCCAGUUAUGAAUAAUGAUCCAGUUGUAGAUGAUGAAUAUGAUUGUGAGGAUAGUGCAGAUGAAAGUGAUUUUGAUAGUCAGCAUGAUGCAAAAAAAAUAGUGUUUGAUGAGGAACCUUUGAUAGAUGAUGUGGAGGUGAACAUGAUCAACUUCUGUAGUGUACUUGAUGAAGACAUUGACUUGGGCCAGCUUGAUCCGACAAACAAUAAUACUAAGGAAAAGGAAGACAUUGAAGAUGAACGUUUAGAAGUCUUAGACAAUGAUGUAUUUGAGUCAUUUGCUAGUGAAAAAGAGCCUAGGAAGAAAUUGUUAAGGUCCAUUCUAAAACCAGUUGCUUGUUCAUCUGGUGAGGUUCACACUAAAGCUUUUAAGAUUGGUCAGACGUUCAAGGAAAAGGAAAAAAUAAGAGAAGUUAUUGCCAACUACUCUGUAAAAGAAAGGAGGGAUCUACAUUAUGUAAAGAAUGACAAGACAAGAGUUAGGGUAAAGUGUAGGGGUAUUGUUCCUGAAUUGACUGGUGACAGUAAUAAAGAUAGGGGCAAUUUAGUACUUUCCAAGAAAACAACUUGUCCAUGGGUUCUUUUUAUAUCUAGGGCAGAUGAGAAACAACUUUGGACUGUCAAAACAUACGAAGAUUCUCAUUCUUGUUUGCAAACAAGGACAGUGAGGGCUUGUUCAUCUAAGUUUCUAGCUAACAACAUAUUGCAUCAAGUUGAAAGUAACCCCAAGAUCCCUACACGUGCUUUACAAGAGGAGUUAGUACAGAGGUAUUCACUUUCAAUAUCAAAGAUGAAAGUAUUUCGGGCCAAAGCUAUGGCAAAACAAUAUGUUUAUGGUGAUUAUGAAAAGCAGUACGGUGUUUUGAGAGAAUAUGCCAUGGAAUUGAAGUCAAAGAAUCCAGGAACAACUGUGAAGAUAGAUGUCGAAACUGAACCCAAUGUGUCUUCUGAGACAAGGAUCUUCAAACGGAUAUAUAUAUGCUUAGGUCCAUUGAAGGAGGGAUUUAAAAAAGGUUUGAGGGAUUUUCUUGGAUUUGAUGGUACGUUUUUGAAGGGUCCCUUUCCAGGACAAAUUCUUACUGCAGUUGGGCUUGAUUCGAACAAUGGCAUUUACCCAGUUGCAUAUGCCAUUGUAGAGACUGAAAAUAUUAACUCUUGGACAUGGUUUUUGGAACACUUGGGUGAUGACUUAGAUUUGAAUUCUUCAUCUAACUUCACUUUCAUUUCAGAUCGGCAAAAGGGAAUCUUGGCUGCAAUAGAGAAGUUAUUUCCAUCAGCUGAGCAAAGGUUCUGUUUAAGACAUGUGUAUCACAACAUGAAAUUGAAACACAAAGGAGAUGAAUUGAGGGAAGCAGUAUGGUGUUGUGGAAAAGUAUACAACAUACCAAAAUUUAAUAGGGCUAUGGAGAAACUGAAAAAGCUUAACCCAGAAGCACAUGAGUGUUUAAGUAAAAUUCCUGCAAAACACUGGGCAAGAUCCCAUUUCUCUGGAAGGGCAUUGACUGAUAGUUUAACAAAUAACUUGUGUGAGAAUGGGUCAGAAUGUGGAGAUCCUGAGGCUUGGGUGAGCAAAUGUUACUGGCUCAGUACAUGGAAUGCUAUGUACCAACACACAAUUGACCCAAUAAAUGGAAGGAGCAUGUGGCCUAGAUCUGAUUGUCCAACAACCCUUCUCCCACCCAAACAUCACAAACAGGUUGGUAGGCCAAAGAAAAAAAGGAAGAGGGCAGUUGAUGAGCCAACUCAAAGUACCAAACAAAGUAGCCAUUUCACCAUCAUCAAUCUUGCUUCGAGAUUGUUUCUUCCACGCAACAACCCUGGAAUCACAACAGUUGACCUAGGGCACAUGGGAGGGUCGAACCAUCCAAAAAAGCUGCAUGUUCCUCCUAACCUUGAGCAUGACCAAAAUCGACGACCUGGGUUCAAGUCAGUCCACGAUGUCACCAAAAUCGCCGGCCUUCCACAGUGGCAUAUCACCAUCUUUUUCAAUUUUGGAAUAGAAUGUGAGUAG